AUGUCAGAGGGGUUUAUUUAUGAUUGCUUUUCAAAACUUUCACCAGUGACAAGCAAAUAUUUACUGAAACUGAGAACUGUAAAAGAGCUUGUGACUGCUUUUAUUAACAUGAAUUACUUUUUUCCAUUAGCAUCGAGAACUGAAACACAAACCGAAAGGGAAAAAGUCAUUAAAUUCAUCUGA